UAUAAAGUCAAUGUCAGUACUGACACACCACUUGACACACGGGCACAGCUGUCCUAAGUUGAUUAUAAUGUAAAUAGGUACAAAAUACAAUGCCUUUCUAAUUGUUCAAGCUUCAAGGUUAUAAAAUAAUUUAAUAGUAAAAGUAAACGAGUGAAAAUUGAAAUGUAACAGUUAUCAGCGUAAGAUCUGUACGGACGCACGUCGUUUUGAUAUCUAAGCCUAGUUACUUCAUUUAUUAGUCAAUACAGAUAAGUUAUCAGUGAAAAAAGCGAAAUAAUUGUGAUAAUAAAAAUUAUAGAAAAUCGUAUUGAAUUUUUCGAUAUGUCAUCAAUAACUGAGGAUGUUUGCGAGCUUUUGGACAGUUACAAUGGCAGAGAUAAGGUUGUCCGUCUUGCUUGUUACACAUUCAAGUUGUAUGGAUGUCUUACCGACAAUAAGCCUUGGCAGACCGCAGGCUCACGACUCUCAAAUGCCAGGAUGAUGCUACGACUGUUUGAUGAUAUCCCGAUGAUCAGACACACAUAUAAUUAUGGCUUAGGAAGAAUUGAAUCAUCAAAAAUAGCAGCAACUUUAGGUGUCCUAGCUAAUGUGGUGGACCAAGCUUUCCUCCCAGUGGAAAAAGCGUGCUGGCUUUAUGACGUAGGAGUACUAAAACUGACUCCUGAAACAGCAGAGAAAUUAGAGACUAUCAGCACUAGUUUAUGGGCAGCUAGUUUAUUUAUAUCACUUUUACAAACAACUCGCGCCAUCCAGCACUUGUGUUGGAGCAGGAAUUGCCUUCAGACGUUGUCUGAAAACGGUGGAGCUGAUGCGAAACUUAAACUAGACAUCCGACUAGCCUUACAGGCUGUGGUAGCAGGGAAGCUGUGCCUGGACAUCACUCACGCGGUCAGCUGCCUCCCAGCGGGCUGGUUGUGGGGAGAGAAGAUCGGAAGCACUAAAGUAGCCGCAAUAGCCACAACUUCCUCGGUUAUAGGCAUAGCCAUGUACUUCGCUAGGAAAAGACUGUUGAAAUAGAUUAACAAUAUAUACUAAAUUGAGAUUGGUCCUGGACUUGGAGUUGACGUAUCUAGGUUGUGUUCAUAUAUGCUGUAGUGACGAUGAGCCAAAGUAUACACCGGUUGUACUGUGAGUACAUCUUUCAAACUAAAAACUAAAAUCUAUAAAAAAAUUGUAGUAAGCACUCAACUGGCCUGUUACAUUCAUUCAGCUUGUUUAAAUGGUAAGAUAAAAUAAGCUCUAUGUGCAUAAAAAUGAAGCUCUUUCUUACUCAGGCAACCAUGUAUAGAUUCUGGUAUUCAUAAAAUCAAACAACACGGUUGAAGCCACGUUUUUUAUUUAAAAAAAUUAAAAAAUUAGUCUCCGUUUAAAAAAAGAUAUAUUAUCAUAAUAUUAAUGUAUCUUAUGUAAAAUUAAAAUAGUACAAAGAAAUAAAACUUUCGAGUACCUUCUAAUAUGAAUAGAAUGAUUCUGAUUCCGUUAGCUACAAAGAACAAAGCCUUUAUUUCGGAUCUGAUUGAUUCAGUUCUUGUUACUAAAAUAGUUUAGAUAUAGACUAUAUUUUAUAAAAAAAUAUAUUGUGUAUAUUUAUCUGUUACAUUUAUAGUUCAAGCCUUUAAAAAUGCGUUUUAAUUAGAUACCUAUAUAAAACUCAAAUGAAUGAUGAAUGACUUAAAAGCAGAUAUUCCAUAGAAUUCGUUCUUCAAUUAAUUUAAUUAUUAACACUUGAUUGUAUAACAAAAAAAAUGCAAAAAGAUGUUUUACUGGUGGUAGGACCUCUUGUGAGUCCGCGCGCGUAGGUACUACCACUCUACCUAUUUCUGUCGUGAAGCAGUAAUGCGUUUCGGUUUAAAGGGUGGGGCAGCCGUUGUAACUAUACUGAGAUCUUAGAACUUACAUCUCAAGGUGGGUGGUGCAUUUACGUUGUACAUGUCUAUGGGCUCCAGUAAACACUUAACACUAGGUAGGCUGUGAGCUCGUCCAACUUUCUAAGCAAUAAAAAAAAAUAAAAAAAUGUAAACUGUGAACUACUGUGUGUAUUUUAAACACGUAAUAAAAGAAAAAUGUGAUUUUUCUUCAAAUUGAAGUCAAUGCGUUCGGGAACCGGUUUUGAAGCUUGUGGUAAACGAUCUACUAAGUUAACCUCAAUGUAAAAUAAUAUUUAUUAUUACAAGCAGAUAUGUACUUAUCAAAACUUAGAAAAUGUACAGAUUUAGUUUCAUAGUCUUCCAAUAUAUAUUUUUAAUAUUAAAGUAUUUAAUUUUAGUGCUUUUUUUGUAUAUUUUGUAUCUAGUAAAAUUUAAUUGUAUACGCACGUAUGUAAAUAUUUAUAAUUUUGUUACAAUGAGGUAUGUACAUUACUUAAUUACUAUAUUUGUAAAUAGUGAUGUUGUUUGUACGUGCGAAAUCAUGGUUAUUAAAAGAUUUUUGGAAA